UCAAAUAAAAGAAGUGGACAGGAAGCAGCGGAGUGUCACUCUUGGUCUCAGCAGCUUGCUCUCCCACGGCAGCCAUUUUGGACCACCAGCGCCUGUCGCCUGGGAUCAGUUGUUCGGAAAAGAGUAAUGUGGGACCAGGGAAGCCAGCCCUGGCCGCAGUGGCCUCUGAGCCAGCAGCAAUGGAUGCAGUCUUUCCAGCACCAGCAAGAUCCAGGUCAAGUAGACUGGGCUGCCCUUGCACAAGCUUGGAUAGCACACAAGGAGUCUACUGGAUCAGAGCCUAACAUUCAACCCAAUGGACAGGAAAUUCCAGGUCUGGAACCACCAGCACAAGGCAACCAUGGGUCCUUCCAGGGUGACUCUGCUUUUGGCAGAAUGUGGCAGCCAGAAUGGGGAAUGCAUGGCCAACCGCCACCGCCUCCUCCACCACCUCCUGAACAAACCUGGAUUCCUCCGGGCUCAACUCAGAUGGAUGUCACGAACCCCAGUGAAGAUAGCAACAGCCAAGACAGUGCAGAGUUCAACUCUGAAGCGCACCGCGGGGUUUUCCCCCAGAACAGCCAUGGGUAUGGGGCACAGCCCGACAGCUACGCCAUGGCCCCCAUGGCCAUAAACCAGUUUGAUUAUCAGCAUGGAGCUGCUUCAGCUUUUGCCCCGCCGCCUUCUGGGUUCCACGCCCCAUACUGGCAGGGGCACCCUCAGAACAGACGGGAUGCCCGACCACCUGGCUUCAGGGACCGGCCUAGGUCCCCGGUACAGCUUCCAAUUAAACAGGAAGCCCCAGCACCACUUGAUGCAGUGAAAAGACGGACACUACCUGCCUGGAUCCGAGAGGGCCUAGAAAAGAGGGACCGAGAAAAUCAGAAGAAACUGGAGCGAGAGCGAAUGGAGAAGGAGCGUGCAGAAAUGUCAAAAGACGACGACAAAGCGCACGAGGUGGAUGAAGGGGGUGAUGGGCCUCGUGUUCCCCGUAGGAGUAAAUUUGACAGUGAUGAUGAAGCAAAUGAGGACCAUGAUGAAGAAAAGCCUCCUGUAAAAAAAGAGUUUAUUGUGCCGAGCCCAUCGCCUCCUGCAGAAGAUAGUGAACAAGAAAUGACUGAGGAGGAAAAGGAAUUCCAGAUGAUGAUCAUCACAAAAACACUCCUUACAGAGAUCCUUCUGGAAGUCACCAAUGAAGAAAUCCUGCAUGUGGCUAAAGAAGUCCACCGCAAAGCAACACGAGCUCCUGCAAAACAGCUGGCACAGUCAAGUGCACUGACUUCUCUGACCGGUCUCAGCGGGCUGGGUGACUAUGGCUCGGAGGAGAGUGCGGACGAGGACGACGGCAGCGCCCGAGGGUCAGAGUCCUCCGACACUGAUGAGGAGGAGUUGCGCCAUCGUAUCCGGGAGAAGCUGGAUGCCUUCUAUCGCAAGGAGCGAGAAAUGCAACAACUCCAAGAAAAACAUGCACAAGAUGCCCUACUUGCUCGUGAGGAGAUGGUGAAGGAACGAUUGAGUAGAGAAAGGGUUGAAUAUGAUGAAGGCCAGACUGAAAAUUAUCACAAAGAUGAAGUAAAAGAGAGGGAACCAGAGCCCUUAGUAGAGAGGCGGAAGUCCCGUAGUGAGGUUGAGAGUAGUGAGGGAAGGCAUUCGGCCAGGGGAAGAUCAGGCAGAAGUGGUAGCGAUUCCCCAGCCAACGGUCACAGCAGCAGCUCUCGUUCUUCUUCCAGCCGCAGCAGCAGUCGGUCGUCCUCUUCAUCUUCAACAUCGUCUUCUCGUAGCUCCUCGCAAUCCUCUUCCCCUCGAAGGAAGAGGAGACGUAGUCGAUCUUCUUCCCAUAAGGCCCGCCGGCGUAGUCGCAGCCACAGUUCUCGUAGACGUCGUAGUGAAAAGGUCCAGGACAGGAGGAGAAACAGCACGGAGCAAAGAGCGAGACACCGCAAGAAAGACCGCAGUAUUUCCAGAGAAGGAAGGAACCGCAGGAGUAUCUCCAAAUCAAGAGAUCGGGGCAGGGCCCGGGCCCGAGACAGCCGCAGUAACAGUAGAGACAAGGGCAGGGAGAGGGAGAAGGACAGGGAAGAGAAAGACAGGAAAAGGAGCAGAGAGCGCGGGGACAAUAGUCACAGCAGCAAACACAAGCAGAAAGCCUCCAGCAAAGAUGAGGAGAGGAAGCGGGAUCGAAGCCGUAGCCAUGAAAAAGACAAAAAAAAGAAGGAUAAAGAUAAGGAGAGAGACUCUGAAAGGAAGAAGGAUAAAUCAAGAACUAAAGAAAAGACCAAUUCUUCUGUUAGUGAGGAAAACGGCAAAUUAAAGAAACGGAAAGAGAUGGACUCUCACGCUGACUCACAGGGUGACAAGUAUUGCAGGCAAGAUAGCAAAUCCAGUAAAAAGAGCUCGGCCAAAGCUAGCAAGAGAUUGUCUAACUCAGAGUCAAGCAGAUCCCCUUCGCCGGAACUUAGUAAGGAAAAGAAAUCGAAGAAAUCCAAACGUAGUCGCUCACGGUCAGUGGAAAAAUCGCACAAGUCUGGUAAGAAGGCAAGCCGCAAACACAAGUCUAAGUCGCGAUCAAGGUCGGCUUCACCCAGUCGCCGUAGCAGACACUGAGGACGUGAUUUCCCCAUCUCUAAAUUCCACGAUUCAAGUGGCAUGUCUCAUUAUAGAGGCACUUGUGUAGGUGGUCAUCCCUUUACAAUUCUUUCUCCAUUGUAAAUAUGUUAUUUUUAAAGUGUGUGUGUGUGUGAGGAGCAAGACAGGACUCGUUCCAAUUCUUUCUUGUAUCAGUGGCAAAGCAUCAGCCUUGGCUGACACUGAACAACUGAAGUUAGCAUUUUAAAUCGAAACAGGAUUCACAGAUUUCGCCACCAAACGUUAUUGUGAGAUGUCCAAUAAAACUAUUUGUCCUCGUU